ACCGGGAAGUGAGAGAUUUUGCUGUGAAACAGUAGGGUAAUGAGGCUAUUAGCAUUUCAAAGAACCAGCACAUACGCAUUGUGCAUAGGCGACAUAGGUUAAGGAUAAAAUAAGUGUUAAACGGCUUGCGCAAAGAGCGCGGUUCCAGAUGCAUGACAGGUUAACAGUACCUCACCCGGAGUAUGCUCAGCCCCUCUCCCCACCCAUCACUGCUGCUCCUGCUGCUCCUGCUGCUGCGGCUCCAGAGCGCAUGUGGAAGGUGUGUCUUUGAUGAAGUGCAGCGGUCGGUUAGAGUUGUCACCCCAUCAGCAGGGUCCACUUCCUCCAAAAACAGCGGAAUGGACGACAGCCAGACUGUGUUCACUGCUGCAGAGCAGGCCAGAUCUUUCCAUCAACACAUCCGCCAGACCAGAGGAGCCUCUCGUCAGUGCCUCCAGUCCCAGAGAGAGAUGAGACAGGCCACAACAGACAUGGCACCAAUCAGGAUUCAUACUUGGAUCCCUCAGGAGAGUCUCACCCUGUCGGAGGUGGACAGAGAAAGAUUGGAAUCAGCGAUCAAGCACACUGUCAGCAUUGUAUCCAGUCUACUCUCAGUGAGACGCAUUCCUGGUCCUUUGCUUCUGAGCAGAGACAUCAACAAAUACUGCAAGUUCAUCUGGAGGAAUACAAGUGCUGCCAAUUACAACAGGUGUGGCCGAGCUAAUGGUAGCUACAGGGACGAAACCUGCUUGGAUGUUGUUAUACCGGAUGAGCACCUAAGGGGCUGUGCUGUCUUCCAUCACCCUGACUCAGAUGUCAGGACCGAGCUUAGACGUGAUGGGGUGGGCCUUGAUGACACAGACUUCCUGCUGUAUCUGCACAUACAGAACUCUCACAGAUGCAGCAUAGAGCCCGGUAUGCUGGCCUACGCAGCCCACUGCCAAGCUGACACUCAGGGACGCCCCCUGGCUGGGACGGUGGUCAUCUGCAGAGAGCAGCUAAGGCAGGAGAGAUACAGGCAUGACACUACUGUGCAGAUAUUGAUCCAUGAGCUGUUCCAUGUGUUGGGUUUCUCAAGAACACUCUUCAGAACCUGGAGGGACUGUUACCAAACUCACCCAGCUGGCGUGGGAUGCCCCCUUCAUGGAUGGGUGACUAACCUUGAUGACACGGGCCACGUGCGCAUCUACACACAGUCAGUAGUCCGAGCUCUACAGGAACACCUCAACUCCACAGACCAUCGACUGGGAGCUCCUCUAGAAAACCUGGACGCUGACUUCAGGGGACUUUCAUCGCACUGGGAGGCUCGCAUUCUUUUAGGUUCCAUAAUGGCAGCUACCCUUGGAGAGCCCUCCACUGUACAGAUAGACCAGAUGACUCUGGCAGCAUUGCAGGACACAGGCUGGUAUUCAGUCAACCGCAGCCGAGCCCAGAGCCUGGUGUGGGGGCAGGGUGAAGGGGCACUUUUUGGUUCUCUCUCUACUUGUAAUGACAGCACAUCUUUCUAUUUCUGCACUGGCAGUGGACUGGGGUGUCAUUACCAUCAUCUCCACAAGGGGGAGUGUCAGAGUGACCCGUAUCUGGAGGGAUGCCGCUUUUACAAACCCUUAGCAAAUGCAAGCGAAUGUUGGAAAGAAGAGAACCAGCCUGAGAGUGUGGACUGGAGUGGAGAGAUAUAUCAGUCGGAGAGCCGCUGUUUCUUCUCCAACCUGAGCAGAGAGAACACCACUCACAGAGUCUCAGUGGCGGGUCACUGCUACAGGCAUAGAUGCACAGGGAGGCACAGGUACCUGAUUCAGGUGUUGGACACGGAUUGGCUGGAUUGUCCACCAGGAAGUGCCAUUGAGGUGCCAGGUUAUGCAGGUGUUGUAUUUUGCCCUGAGAAAAUAUUAUGUUCUCAAACUGACCAUGCCACUCCCCUAAACAGUCAGGACCAUGGGAUUUUCUCUGUCCUAGGCUCUUCAUUUGCAGAUGUAAAUUACUCUCAUGCGCCUCACAUAACAGCGAAGCCCAACUUGACCUUUGACAUGGACCUCCUUUCCCCAGAGCCAUGGGAAAGUGCAAAGGUCAUUGUACCCAUACUGCUGGCCCUUGCUUCAGCUUUAUCACUCAUCAUUGCCGUUGGAGCAGCCUAUAAGGCCUUACAUGGUGGGGUCAGAGUUCAUGCUGAAGCACCUGAUCUUUUGGGAUUAUAAUGAGGGUUUGUGUUCCAGGAGUGAGCAAAAAGCAGUAGCUUUGGAAUCCACAGCAAGGUUUCCGGUAGCAGUCAAUUAAGGUUUAUACAGAAAUUCAAGUUAAAAUGGAUGAAAUGUAUUUGUUUCGCACCAACUAAUACAACACCAGUGUUAGUAUUUAGGUUGUGAACAUAGGGAUUAGUAUUGCAGUUUGCAGAAGAGUAAAUAAUCAUUUCAA